AUGUCCGAAUCGCCCCAAUCCGCACCUGCGGAGAAUGUUCACUCCCUCCUCAUGUCCCUCCGCCAUACCGCUCCUCGGCUUAUCCAAUCUCCACCUACCCAGCCCCGCCGAGCAUCUGUGGCUCUUAUUGUCCGCAUGAAGCCGGCCCCUGGACUCGUCUUCGAAGGCCAUGCCCCACCUGGCUACACCGGGGACCUUAUCGCAGAGGACGAUUUCGGCGUCGGGUACACCAUAGACGACUUCUUUAAGCUCCCAUGGGUCAAUCAUCCCCUCACGGUCCCAGAAUUGCUCUUCAUCCGCCGAGCUGGACAUACAGGGAGCGGAGGCAAGCGAUGGGCGUCACAUAUCGCUUUCCCGGGAGGGAGGCAUGAGCCGACGGAUGAGAGCGCGCUGUAUACGGCCUUGAGAGAGACGUGGGAGGAGGUGGGGCUGGAUUUGGCGGAUAAGGAUUUCGUGCAAGUUGGGAGGCUGGAUGAGCGGGAAAUUACGACAAGUCUCGGGAAGAGACUGUUGAUGAUCUUGUCGCCUUUCGUCUUCCUGCAAACAUCGCCUUUCACUCCAGCACCAGAAUUACAAGCAAGCGAAGUCUCGUCCGUCCACUGGAUCCCCUUACCCUCACUCACCCCGCCCUACCCUCAAAGCCAAUGGUCCCACAUCGAGAUCGACAUAUCCACCCGCCUGAGCCCUCGAAACAAGUUUGUGCGAUGGGCGCUGAGGGGACUCGUCGGGAAGAUGGAAUUCGGCUGUGUCCUCCUCCCUGACGAGCCUGACUGCGUUGCAGAAGGCUUCGACCCCUCCGCCCAAGUCUCGGGACCCUCAGAAGGUGGCUCUGGUAGCUGGUACGACAAGCGUGGCAAUAAGCGGAUGCUUCGUCUCUGGGGACUAUCGCUCGGUAUGACGCUCGAUCUACUCGCAUUCCUCCCUUCGGCGCUCGACAAGCCAAUCAUGGUCGAUACAUCUCGUCGGGAAGAUCCACAACAGAGCCUCCUCGGUCCAAAGACACCAGUGACGGUCACGAGCUCGUUUGACGCCGAGUGGGACAGUGCGAGGAAAGUCAUGGAGAAGGGGAAAGCAGUGGCUGGGGCGGAGGCCGCGGGAUUGGCGAAUGGGGAGAGCUCGGGCUUGAUGCAGGUGGAGAAGGCACCUGGGAUGGGUGGAUCAGGUGCGGGACUAGACAGGAGAGGUAGUCUGGGGCGGAAAGUGGAUACAAAGGGGAUGGCGAAGGGUCGGAGACGGCGCGGCGUGGGACCAGGCGUGACGGCCGUCUUUCCCCGGUUCUCCUACCCGGACGUCAAUUUCUGGAUAUGGGUGUUUGGGAGGAGGUACAGGAAGGUAGUCAAGGGCUGGGAGCAGAGUGUGAGGGGGCCGGUCAGGGCACAGGAUAGACGGACGAACUGGUCUGGCGCCGCUCUUUCCACCUUUUACUCGGCAGUCCGCCAAGCACUCGUCGUAGCCAUCGUCAUUCGAGCUAUCGCUACCGGUAUCGGACUCGCCGGCGCAUGUUGGUGGCUUACUAAGCGACUCGGCGGCGGGACGUUUGGCGAAUUAUGA